AUGGAUGUUAAGGCCUUGAAGAAUGACCAUGAAGAAAAAAUUAUGAACCUGGAGGUGGCUUUGGAUAAGGUCAAUGAGAAGCUGAGAGUUGUUAUUGGAGUGUUGUAUGAUAUAUGUGUUAUUUGGUAUUCUAGACCGGCUUCUGCAUGUUUUUUCUCAGAUAUUGGAGGAGUUGAUAUAGCCCGAUAUAUUUGUUCUCCAUAUUAUCUGAAAUGCCCUUCUGGUUAUGAUAUGUGUGGCUUUGAGGGGUACAAAGAAGAUCUAUGCGACUUGUAUGUACCUGCUAAACUUCUUCAUAUUCCCGAUUUCACAAGUACACCAUUCGAUUCCUGGGGCAGAAUAGAUAAUACUUUGUUGUUAUUUCAGUUGUUGGUAGGAGCCUCCUGCUCCACCAUUGCUUUCUUCCAUACUAUGUCACACCAGCCCAUUGAUAUUGAGAACAUUUCUCAAGAGGAGCCAAUUUUGAAUGAAACUCAAUUGUCUAGCCAACCCAUACCAUCCCCGUCUUCUCCAAAAGACAGCCAUUUUGUUCCUAGUUCCUCAUCGCCAAGCAAUGAGAAUUGUGCCCAGUCAGUUGUCAAGCACGAACAGGCAAUUGAUGGUGCUUUGCUUCCCAGUUUCUUACCACCACAAGGAGCAACAUAUAUCAAAAAGAUUUAUCCCCAACCAGUUUUAAAAAAUGAAGAAGCGGUUGCCAAUACUGAAGUGUUCCUUGAUACUCUAAUCAAGUUUCAUGCUGCUAUUAGUAACGAAUUCAUGAUUCCAACUAUUGGAGGCAAAGAAUUAGAUUUGCGUCUUUUAUACAUGGAAGUUACUUCUCGAGGAGGACUCAAACAAGUCAUCGAAGAAAGGAAAUGGAAGAAGAUAACUGCGUUGUUUAAUUUUCCACCAACAGCAACCAACACAUCCUUUGUUCUAAGCGAAUAUUACAUUAGCUUGCUUCAUCAUUAUGAGCAAGUUUACUUCUUUGGGGCCCGGGGUCAUCUAAUUCCCCCACCACAAACUGCUCUACCUGCUCCAAGCACUGUGAAUCCACCUUUGGAUGAAGUCCAGCCUCUGAUCAGGAGAAAAAAGAGGAGAGCUUCAAUUCAUCUUUCUGAAGUUAACCCUGCAUCUUUUUUGGGUCAUCCCGUGACUGGAGUUAUAUAUGGAAAAUUCGAACAUGGUUAUCUUGUUACCGUGGUGGUUGGCUCGGAAAAAUUAAGUGGUGUAUUAUACCAGGUGCCAACAGAACAGUUUGCAGAAGUACCUAGUUACUUAAAUAAUGGGGAUGCUGCUUUAGGGGUUCGCCCUUGUAGCCGUCGUAGGAGAAAAAAUGAAAUUAAGAAAAAAGAUCCGGAUCAUCCUAAGCAAAAUAGGAAUGGCUACAAUUUUUUCUUUGCCGAGCAUUAUAAACAAUUGAAAGCAUUGCAUCCUGGCAAGGAUAGGGAGAUCACUAAAAUGAUUGGUGAUUCAUGGAAGAAUUUAAAAGAAGAAGAAAAAUGGGUUUACGAGGAGCUUGCAUUGAAGGAUAAAGAAAGGUACAGAAGUGAAAUGCAAGAAUACAGAGAAAAAAAAAUUGCAGUGCCAUGA